AUGAAACUCUCGACUUCUUCAUCGCCGCCACUGAAAGCGGUUCCGUUUAACGCGAGCUUGGAUCCAUCCGAUCCAGUUGGGUUUUUGGACAAAGUCUUCGAUUUUCUAGCCAAAGAAAGUGAUUUUCUUCGGAAAGAUACGUCGAUAAGGAAUUGUGGCUAUUGUGAGAGUGCGAAGAAGAACAAGAAGGCUGAAGAGGUGGAUCUGAAUGUGAAGAUAAAGGAGGAAAUUAAAAAAGAGGAGGUCAAGGAGGAAGUGAAGAGGGAGCCAAUGAAGGUUGAUAAAAAGGAAGAAGAGAGUAGCUCUGGUUUGAAAGAUGACGAAAAGGAUUUAAAUGAUUAA